AUGGCGCUUUCCAGUCCCCGAGAGUCCAAGGCCCAGUCGGCGACAAGCGCUACCAAGUCUGACGGGGAGAUGGUGCUGCCCGGCUUCCCCGAUGCAGAUAGCUUCGUGAAGUUUGCUCUUGGGGCAGUGGUGGCAGUCACCAAGGCAUCUGGGGGCCUACCACAGUUUGGUGAUGAGUAUGAUUUUUACCGAAGUUUUCCUGGCUUCCAGGCAUUUUGUGAAACACAGGGAGACAGGUUGCUUCAGUGCAUGAGUAGGGUAAUGCAGUACCAUGGAUGUCGAAGCAACAUUAAGGAUCAGAAUAAAGUGACUGAGCUGGAGGACAAGUUUGAUUUGCUAGUUGAUGCCAAUGAUGUUAUUCUGGAANNNNAGGGCAUUUUACUGGAUGAAGCAUCCGGUGUGAAUAAGAAUCAACAGCCUGUCCUCCCUGCAGGAUUGCAGGUCCCUAAAACCAUAGUGUCCAGCUGGAACCGGAAGGCAGGAGAAUAUAGCAAAAAAACAAAAUGUGAAACAUUCCGGCUGCUUCACGCAAAAAACAUCAUCCGACCUCAGCUUAAAUUCCGAGAGAAGAUUGACAAUUCCAACACGCCAUUUCUUCCUAAAAUCUUCAUCAAGCCCAAUGCUCAGAAACCCCUCCCUCAGGCACUCUCUAAAGAAAGGAGGGAGCGCCCACAGGACCGACCUGAGGACUUGGAUGUCCCCCCUGCCCUGGCGGAUUUCAUCCACCAGCAGAGAACCCAGCAGGUGGAGCAGGACAUGUUUGCACAUCCUUAUCAGUACGAACUAGAUCACUUCACUCCACCAGACUCAGUCCUUCAAAAGCCAGAGCCUCAGUUAUACAGACCUGUAGGAGAGACACCCUGCCACUUUGUGUCCUCGCUGGAUGAACUAGUGGAACUCAGUGAAAAGCUCCUGAAGUGUCAAGAAUUUGCUGUAGACUUGGAGCACCACUCUUACCGGAGCUUCCUAGGGCUCACCUGCCUGAUGCAGAUUUCCACCCGGACAGAAGACUUCAUCGUUGACACCCUGGAGCUUCGCAGUGACAUGUACAUUCUCAAUGAGAGCCUCACAGACCCAGCUAUUGUUAAGGUCUUCCACGGUGCUGAUUCAGACAUAGAAUGGCUACAGAAGGACUUUGGGUUGUACGUGGUGAACAUGUUUGAUACCCAUCAGGCAGCACGCCUUCUUAACCUGGGCAGGCACUCCCUCGACCAUCUGCUGAAGCUCUACUGCAACGUGGAAUCAAACAAGCAGUAUCAGCUGGCCGAUUGGAGAAUAAGACCUCUGCCUGAGGAAAUGCUCAACUAUGCCCGAGACGACACUCAUUACCUGCUUUACAUCUAUGAUAAGAUGAGGCUGGAGCUGUGGGAGCGUGGCAACGAGCAGCCCACGCAGCUGCAGGUGGAGUGGCAGCGGAGCCGUGACAUCUGCCUCAAGAAAUUCAUCAAACCUAUCUUCACGGAUGAAUCUUACCUGGAACUGUAUAGAAAGCAAAAGAAACACCUCAACACACAGCAACUAACGGCCUUUCAGCUGCUGUUUGCCUGGAGGGAUAAAACAGCUCGCAGGGAAGAUGAAAGUUAUGGAUAUGUCCUGCCAAACCAUAUGAUGCUAAAGAUAGCUGAGGAGCUGCCCAAGGAACCUCAGGGCAUCAUAGCCUGCUGUAACCCUGUGCCACCUCUUGUACGGCAGCAGAUCAAUGAAAUGCAUCUUUUAAUUCAGCAGGCGCGAGAGAUGCCCCUGCUCAAGUCUGAAGUUGCAGCUGGAGUGAGGAAGGACGGGCCACCGCCCAACCCUGAGAGAUUGGAGAAUGCUCUCUUCGGCCCCCACGACUGCUCCCACGCCCCAUCAGACGGCUGUCCUCUUAUUGCAACCAAUGGGCCUGUGCCAGUGCAGAAGCAGGAGGGCCUCCCCACUGCCCGAGAAGCAGAGGAGGCCCUGCCGGACACCGGAUGCCUUAUCGCUACCGCUGUCAUCACGUUAUUUAACGAACCUAGUGCUGAAGAAAAUGGAAAGGGUCCAUUAACAGUUGCACAGAAAAAAGCCCAGAACAUAAUGGAGUCCUUUGAAAAUCCAUUUCGGAUGUUUCUGCCUUCACUAGAAUCCCGAGCUCACGUUUCUCAGACAGCAAAGUUCGAUCCAUCUUCGAAAAUCUAUGAAAUCAGCAACCGUUGGAAGCUGGCAAGCCAGGUACAGGUACAAAAAGAAUCUAAAACUGCCAAGAAGAAGGCAGCUGAGCAAACAGCUGCCCGGGACCAGGCCAAGGAGGAGUGCAGAGCAGCAGUGGAGCAGGCCGUGUCCGUCCGCCAGCAGGCUGCCCUAGAGAACACUGCCAAGAAGAGGGAACGAACAAGUGACCCGGGGACGACAGAACAGAAACAAGACAAGAAACGACUCAAAAUUUCCAAGAAGCUAAAAGACCCAGAUCCACCAGAAAAAGAUUUCACCCCAUAUGACUACAGCAAGUCGGAUUUCAAGGCUUUUGCUGGAGACAGCAAACCCACACCUUCUUCCCAGUUUGACCCAAACAAGCAGCCACAGUCUGGCAAGAAAUACACUGCAGCCAAAAAAAUUAAACAGUCGAUGGGAAACAAAAGCAUGUCCUUUCCAACUGGAAAGUCAGACAGAGGUUUCAGGCACAAUUGGCCAAAGAGAUAG